GCCCAUGCCUGGUGAGUCAGUGAAGCAUGUGCAUGAAUGGGAACAUGGAGAUUGGAUAGCCGUCGUCGUGAAUCUUCUUUCUGUUGUUGGGUAAGCAAGUGGGUGUUUGUUGUUAGCUAAUUGAAUGAGUGACUGAAUCGUAAACCGAUAAGGGGAAAAGAAUAGUAGUUGGAAAAGGGGAUUUAGGAUCCAAUUCCCAUCCAUGUGAGGGAGGGGUGAAAAGAAAGGGCAAUUGGGAAUUUGGAUUGGAGUUCGAGGGGAUGGCAAAAAAAAUGUCCCACGUGCUCAAAUUUUGUCAGUUAACCAUGAAAGACUGAGGCAGUCUUUCAAUCCUCCAUUUCUAGGUAGGGUCUCUCUCUCUCUCUCUCUCUCUCUCUCUCUCUCUCUCUCUCUCAACAACCAUGCCUUCCGAGAUGCAACGAAUUCGAUUUUAUGCAAAAUCACUAAGGUCCCCGCAAAACUAAUAACCAACUAAUAGACAACUAGUUGUAGAAACUUGUGAUUGACUUAAUGACCAAAAUCCAACAAGAAGAGCACUAGAUAAUGGGGCAACCAAUCCCCCAAACGAUCAUGAUAUCAUUACUAAUCUUAAAGAUUGACAAAGCAUAAUAUAAUAAAGUGUCCACAGUGGAGUUGCUGAUCAUAAAGAAGCAUCCCACUCCCCGUUUGAAGUUUGGACAUAUAUUUUGGUUUCGGUUGGAUAGUAAUGGCUCAAACUCAACUGUAGAAAUCGAAAGAAGCAGAAAGCGGAAAAAACACACAAGACAAGAUUUAUGUUGUUUUCCCUUCUUGAUUCGAACGGGAUUAGUCCGCGAAGAGUUAUAUAUAAACUCUCGUAGUAAUUCUAUUAUUUUGUUCUUCAGAUUUUUGAAUUUUUGGUUGUACCGCAAAUGGAAUAUAUACAAAACCGAACUCCGCUACGCGAGUGACAUGGAAAGACAAAAUGCUGAAAUGAUCACUAUACUUGUGAUAAAUGACAAUAGGAAUCACGAGGCGAUAUGACAUAUUCUGACGUCUUUGGUUCCUCCAGGUAAUUUAGCAAUCUCAAAACGAUGUUGUAAAUCUUUAAAACAAAUUAGCCCGUAAUGCGAAAUUGUGAAUUUAGAAGAAAAACAUUCGAAUAUAACAUUUUUUUAACUUUUAUGAUCAAAACAUGUUGAAAAUAUAUUCAUUAUUAUCAUACAUUUCUAUAAAGAUUUUCCCUCAAAUUUCUCUCUCUAUAUAUAAAAACAACAACGACAUUACACCCACCACCACCCCCUCUCCCUCUUCUCUUUGCUAAUUAGCUAUAUACAUCUCUUUGGUGAGUGUUUGGCAAGUCUCUCCACCCUUCUUUCCUUCUCUCUCUCUCUCCAUAAUUCUUCUGAUUCCACCUCCAGAACCAAGAACAGGAUUGAUGAAGAAGAUCAACAUGCUGCUAAGGAAAUGCAAGAGCCUUUCCAAGCAACUCGGCAGGUCCUCGUCCUACAGCAGCUUGAGGUCAAAUAAUCCAGCUACCAACGAUCAACUAUGGCGGUCUCACAGCACAGCUCAUCACUAUCCAGAUCCUCGUCGCCACGACGACGACGAUGAUCGAAGGAUGGUGUUCGUGGGGAGCACGAGGAAGCGGUACGUGAUCAGCUCCAAGUACUUGAGCCACCCUGUGGUGAAUGCCCUGAUCGACAAGUCCUGUAGCCAUGAUGGUUGUGAUCAUCACGAUGAUGAUGAAGAUCGGACGGCUGUGGUGAAGUGUGAGGUGGUUCUGUUCGAUCACUUGCUCUGGAUGCUGGAGAAUGGCGAUCCAAGCAGCCUCAGCUUGGAUUCCUUGCAGGAGCUUGCGGAUCUCUAUGUGUUCUGAUGUAAUGAUGGUAAGGGGGAAAAUGAAAUGGUACUAUGAAUGAUAUGAUAAUAACAAGUUGAGGUUUGUUUGUUCUUGUAUUUCUUUUGCGGGGUCCGAUCGGUCGUGUUGGAAAAAUUGGGGGACUUGGUUGAUCGUAGUCGUAGGUAACAAGAUUUGUUUUGGUUUCGUGGGUUGAUAUCUCUAUGUAUACAUAAAAUGUAAUGUGGUCGAUUGUUUUAUCGUGGCAAGGGUUAACUAAUCAUGACUUGUUAUUUGUACUAAUAUUCUUUGGUUUUGCUAGUGUUCUUAUAUUUUCAUUCUUUAUUCACGACAAGAGUUGAAUUGAAUAUAGCAUAUAGAGCGUGUGUUAAAAAUACUCGACGAAUCGCAAUUUUAUUUCCAUUUUAGAACGUUAAUUAUGGAUAACAACUAUUACCCAUCAUUUGUGUGUGGUUCUCAUAUCAAAUUAGUUUCCUUGAAAGAACUAGGUACAAUACACAUCAAGAUAGUAA